UCCUUUGCCGAUUGCCUCUUCUUCUCCUUGCUACGGACGAUAUCUCUGAGAAGAAGUACUUCUUCAGUGAUGGCCUUUUGCGCUCAAUCAAAGCUCAGCAAUCUGAAUUUAUGGAUCAAAACAUCCGUAGGAAGCAGCAGUACUGAUAAUGUAGGAGGCCAUCAUGACUCACUUAGAAGAAGAGCACCAAAAAGCCGUGCCAAAAGUAGGAUGAUGGUUAAAAUGACAGCAUCAACUAGCGGAAGCAGUGGCCAGGGGUCAUCGACGGUGGCAUUUGAGGAGGGACAGCUGGAAAGGCCGCGGUGGACCGGUGAAACGCCGCUUUCUCGGCUUGUUGGAGCCCUCAUUUCCUUCAGACCUCUCUUCUCUAUCAUGAAAUUUGGCGCAAGACAAGUUCUCAUAAGUACAGCUGAGAAGACAAAUAUUCCAUGGAGGGAAAUGACUAGACAGAUACUGGAAUCAGAUGUAUACAAAGAAAUGGACAGUAUUGAGGAUCCCUCUCUUGUUUACCCUGAUUAUUAUCUCAAUCCCUUCCAUGCAUAUGAUGAGGGCAAUCUUUCCUGGCUGGCUGCUGCUGAGGCAGAGGCUGCAACUAUGUCGAUGAUGAGACGGGCAAUACCAUAUGCUUCUUCAUUGGAUGAAGCUAAUCAAGUAGUUCGUGGAAAUUGGCUGAAUGCAAUUGAAGAACAUCAUCAGAAAUAUUCAGAAGACAAUAUUGUCAGAGAAAUUCUUGAUAUCGGAUGUUCAGUUGGUGUCAGCACAAGAUGCCUUUCUGAUAAAUUUCCCAAUGCUAGAGUGACUGGCCUGGAUCUGUCACCAUAUUUUCUUGCUGUUGCUCAAUAUAAAGAAAAGAAAAGCAACCCAAGAAUGAAUCCUAUCUGUUGGGUCCAUGCUAAUGGUGAAAGUACAGGCUUACCUUCCAAAUCAUUUGACAUUCUUUCCAUUGCUUAUGUGUUCCAUGAAUGCCCUGAAAGAGCGAUAAAAAAUAUGGUGAGAGAAGCCCUUCGACUGCUUCGACCUGGAGGAACUUUUGCAAUCACAGACAACUCGCCAAAAUCAAAGAUUCUUCAGGCAACAAUCACAUCAAUGGAGAAAGAAAAGAAAACAGAUGAAAAAGAAGAAAUUGAAGAAGCUAUUGAGCUGAUUCUCUUCCAAGUCUCAGAAUGCUACGUCUAUUUGAUCCCUCCAAGAAAAAGUGCGGCUUCUUACAGGGCUGAUGAGUGGAAUGUCAAUAAAUGGGCAUGGGAGGGUGCUUUAAAAGUUAUUAGCAAAGGAGAGGAAUGCAUUAUCAGACUUGAAGAUAAGACAACAGGUGAAUUGUAUGCUCGGGCAUUUCUAAGAGAUGGAGAGCCCCAUCCUGUGGAGCCUGUGAUUGACAGCAGCAGAUAUUUUGUUCUGCGGGUCGAAGAAAACAUUGGAGGUCGACUUCGACAUGCUUUCAUCGGCAUAGGAUUUCGAGAAAGACCCGAAGCUUAUGAUUUCCAAGCUGCCCUGCAUGACCAUAUGAAGUACCUAAACAAGAAGAAAACUGCAGAAGAAAUGGAACAGCAACAUCAGCAUACUUCAUCAGUUGAUUACAGUUUAAAAGAAGGAGAAAAACUUGUACUUCAGAUAAAAAAUAAAAGUGGUCGGAGUUCUGGGUCCAAGUUUUUUGAACAGGGCUUAAAUGAUCUCUCAUUGGAGGAGAAGGGUAGUAAAAAGGAGCCCGUGAUAUCUAUCAAACCACCACCAGCACCAUUAUCGCCCGUUGUGAGUCCUAAAACAUCUCCAUCAGAGCUGCCUUCAAAACUCAGUCUAAAGGAAUCUUCAGCAGCAGAGGACUCUGUCUCACCUCAAGAACAAUCUAAAGAAUUAGAACCUCCAGAAAACCAAAACACACAAGACAUUCCAGAUGAUGACUUUGGGGAUUUUCAAGCUGCUGGUUGACAUUGAAAUAUAAUACCACUUUGUUUCUCUUAAGUUUGGAUUUGAUCUUUUCUGUUGAAUGCAUUCUCGUAUAUAUUUCUUGGUUUUGCUUCA